AUGGCAGGCAGGGACUCCAACAGCAAAACCGCACUUCGCCGUCUCAUGACAGAAUACAAGCAGCUGACUUCUGGAGGCUCGCCAGAUGGGAUGUUUACUGCAGGCCCGAUCUCCGAGUCUGAUUUCUUCACAUGGGAGGCGCUGAUUUGCGGUCCAAAAGAUACACCUUUUGAAGGCGCCCGCCGACUACCCGCUGUCCCCGUUCAAGAUGAAAUUCGACCCGCCCUUAUUCCACCCAAACAGUGA